GCCUUACAAUCCAUCGACUUUUCUAAUAUCGCCCCGCGCGCAACACUCCUUCGACCCCGACUCCGCCCCCCUCACAUUUAUCUCGCAAAUUCUCUUCCUCCCGUUGCUCAGGCCGAGGCCUGUUUCGAUUGCGCCGGAUUCUCCUCAUCUACUCUACAUCACCAUAAGCUUCGCACCCACCUCCAAUCCACCAUGUCGGUCGAAAUCGAGCCCACCGAGCUGAGCUUCAAGCGUCCCUUCACUGUUGAAGUCUCUCGGAUUCUGCGGAUCAAGAACCCGAACCAGUCCCCCAUCGCCUUCAAGGUUAAAACAACCGCUCCGAAGCAGUACUGCGUUCGCCCCAACUCGGGUCGUGUUGAGCCUGGACAAGAUGUCGAGGUUACAGUCCUUCUCCAGGCCAUGAAGACAGAGCCAGCUCUCGACACCAAGUGCCGCGACAAGUUCCUGGUCCAAUCCGUCUCCAUCACCGCUGACAAGGAAUUUGCGAGCAUUGCCAACAUUCUCGACCAGACUGACAAGUCUUCUCUCAUCGAGCGAAAAAUCCGCGUCAACUGGCUCAACGCCGAGGACACAUUGUCCCUCAAUGGUGGCAGCGCUUCAGCUGUCGCAUCCACACCCAAUCGCCAGUCCGUGGUCAACGGCGACUAUACCCCCGAUGUCUCCAACGUCUACUCGUCUCCCCAGCAAGAUGCCGAUUCCGGCAGCCCUGCGCCUGCUCCCCGACCGUCGACCGCCGAUGUGAAGGACGAUACCGUUUCUGAGAAGGCCCAGUCUACAGUCAGCGCUGCGAGUCACGUCGUCGCCAAUACCGCCCAGGUCACUUACGAGGAGCUGAAGCAAAAGCUAUCCCAGGCCGAGGCUAAGAUUGCAAGUCUGCAGGACACUAGCGGUCUCCGGCAACGCGUCAAGACCGAGACCGAGAAGCUCCCCACGGCCCAAGAGGCUGCCGCGGCAGUGCGGCAGGGAGCCGAAGGUGUUUCGGUACAAAUUGUCGCUAUUUUGUGCUUGUUCAGUUUCCUCCUUGCUUACUUCUUCUUCUAAACCAUUCUUGGUAUUCCCUGACAAUUCCCCUUUACACGACCUUUCUACUGGAGGACUUAUGAAGCGCGCUAAGUAGCACUGGGUUGAGGCAGCAUUGCCGGUGACGCCCUUGUAGUUAAUUGCCAAAAGACAAUGGCACGAUGAGCGGAAGUGUGGCGACGCGGUGAGGUGGAUGGAGAGGAGGACCAUCGACAGACAUGGAACGGAGUCAAAUCACAUGUAACCAUGAGGAUUCUUUUUGUCGUAACGGCGUGGCGUCCCGCACGCGAAGUAGUUGAU